UUUCCUGCCAGCGCCUGAGAAUGGGUAUCUCAAGGGACAACUGGCACAAGCGCCGCAAGACUGGAGGCAAAAGGAAGCCCUACCACAAGAAAAGGAAGUAUGAGCUGGGCCGCCCCGCCGCCAACACAAAGAUUGGUCCUCGCCGCAUCCACACCGUGAGAGUCCGCGGUGGAAACAAGAAAUACCGCGCUCUGAGGCUGGACGCUGGCAACUUCUCCUGGGGCUCUGAGUGCUGCACCCGCAAGACCAGGAUCAUCGAUGUCGUCUACAACGCCUCCAACAACGAGCUGGUCAGAACCAAGACUCUGGUGAAGAACUGCAUCGUCCUGGUGGACAGCACCCCCUACAGACAGUGGUAUGAAGCGCACUACGCCACACCACUCGGGCGCAAGAAGGGAGCCAAGCUGACUCCAGAAGAAGAGGAAAUCCUGAACAAGAAGCGAUCCAAGAAAACUCAGAAGAAAUACGAAGAUCGCAAAAAGACCGCAAAGAUCAGUACGCUGCUCGAGGAGCAGUUCCAACAGGGAAAACUGCUGGCUUGCAUAGCCUCCAGACCAGGCCAGUGUGGCAGAGCCGACGGAUACGUCCUCGAGGGUAAGGAGUUGGAGUUCUACCUGAGGAAAAUCAAGGCUAAAAAAGGCAAAUAAUCUUGUCCCCCAACACUUUGCUCCAAAUAAACAGAAAUUUAUUACA